AUGGGCACUUUUCUUAUCAAGUGUUUGGAAGCUAUCGGAGUGACUUUCAGCUCGAUUUUCAUCUUGGGUGUGGCAGGGUUUCUCUACCACCGGUUCUACAACAUCCACGUGUUGGAUAAAAUGGACAUGGCGUUCGAUAAAGGCGACCCCACCCUCCAGUUGUCGAUGCACAAACGAAACAGCACUCUCAUCGACGACCAGGACGGCGAAGACCGCGAAUCGGACGACUACUGGGUGGAAAGACCGCAGCAAAAGCUCUUGAACGACAUCAUUUCCGGGAGGAUCGUGGGACGGUAUUUCUUGUUGGUAGGGGAGAAGGGCACCGGUAAGACAUCGUUAUUACUCGAAAGUAUGGAGGAAGUCAACGGGUAUAACGUGGCGAUUUUCGAUGCCCAUGCCGACCCCGAAAUCUUCAGAAUCAGGUUGGGGCGUGCCUUGAACUACACCUUCAAUGAGGACUACAUUGGGUCACUUUUCAGUAUCAAAGGACCCCGAGACACCACGGCCUUGUUGGAUAUCGAACGAGGAUUCAACAAGCUCGAACAAUUGGCUCUUCGUCGAGUCACCACCAACCACAACCGGCCUCUCAUCUUGAUCAUCAAUAACACACACUUGAUCAAAGAAGACGAAGAAGGUGGGAAACUCCUUGAGUUGUUGCAGCAGAAGGCAGAGGCAUUGAGUGGGUCUGGACUAGUGACCAUCAUCUUCAAUUCGGACGACUACUGGGUGUACGAAAAGUUGAAGAAGCUCGGGACUCGGUUGGAGCUCAUCAACGUCCGCGACUUCAACCGGAUGGAAACCGUCAAGGCCUUGAAGUUCAUUCGGCAGAAGCACUUCCCUACGCACCGGUUCCCAGACCAGCAGUUGACGGACGACGCGUGCCACAAAGUGUACGAUUUAAUUGGUGGCCGGCCUCAGCACAUCCUGCAAGUGGCUCGGCACCAGAACAUCUUCAGUGCGUGCCACGAGAUCAUCGACCGGGAGAAGACGUGGUUCUUGAACCAGUGUGGGAUCCUUGGGAUGGCCAUGGACGACGACGUGAUGGAACACGGUAAGUUCAGCACUGCGGCCAUGCUCUUGAUGCGGGAGUUUGUGGAGAUGGACCGCAAACGCAAAAACACCUUGAUCCUUCAGAACUCGCCCGAGCAGAAGGACCAGUACAAGAGUCACGUGUUACCCGAGCUCCCAUUGUGGAGAGCACGUCAGAUCAUGACCCGACCCGACUACAUCCAAGAAUACGACAAUUUGAACAUCUUCACCAUCGACUCCGAGUCCCGCGUGCGAGCCGACUCGAUCCCCAUGAUGCGGGGGUUCCACGAGAUUGCGUCGCAGCCCAACUUUGAUGAGCUUCUUGACGAGACCAUCGAAAGAGUCGCAGACAUCGAGUCUUUGGGCCGUACGCGAGAAAUCGUCAUUAAGGAUUUGGGACUUGGUAGCAAGUACCGGGUAGUGGCCCACAACGACACCAAGAGCUACGAGGUGCUGUUGGACAAGUCAGGGCGUCAGAAGCUUAAAGACGGCGACGAACAAGACGAGGACGACCAGACCUCGGACUAUUUUCUUGAAGAUCUCCAGACCAAGGAGUCGAGACGGUGGUGGAAAAAACGCAUGCCAUCGACCAAGCGAGCCACUGCUUCCGAUGGCACCGAGUACGACAUCGACCUCAAUCGAAGCCCCACCCCAUAA